AUGGCAGCCAAAUUCCUGUCCCUGGCGUGCAUAAGAGAUGAGACUGGAGGCUUAUCGCCGAAGCCACACUAUCCAUCAAUGCCCAAGUAUCCAAAGGGCAUAAACGUGUCUUCUGAUGAAGAAAAAAGCAUGCAAGAAUCGGAAGCCAAGGCUUUAUUCUCAGUCAUCGGCAUGUCGUGUUCUGCCUGCGCUGGAUCGGUCGAAAAGGCAGUCAAGAGGCUUCCCGGAAUCAAAGAGGCGGUGGUUGAUGUGUUGAAUAACAGAGCCUUGGUCAUGUUUCAUCCUGCUUUUGUUAAUGAGGAAACAAUCCGCGAGACAAUUGAAGAUGUAGGAUUUGAAGCCAAACUGAUUAAAGAAGAGAUGAGUGAAAGAUCCAAUCAAGUGUGCCGGAUUCACAUAAAAGGAAUGACUUGCACUUCUUGUUCGACAACUGUUGAAUCUGUUUUGCAAGCCAUACCUGGUGUGCGAAAAGCACAAGUUGCUUUAGCAACUGAAGAAGCUGAAGUCCAUUAUGAUCCUAAUAUCUUGAGCUACACUAGAAUCUUGGAAGCCGUAGAAGAUACUAGCUUUGAAGCCAUACUUAUCAGCUCUGGUGAGCAUAGUAGCAAAAUACAACUGCUAGUUGAUGGAGUACUCGAUGAAAAUUCCGUGAGAAUAAUUGAAAUUUCUCUUCAAGCCCUUCCAGGAGUUCAAGAAAUAGAUAUCAAUCUAGAGCUAAAAAUGUUGGCAGUAUCUUACAAACCAGACGUAACAGGGCCUAGAACUUUUAUCAAUGUAAUUGAGUCUACUGGUUCAGGACGCUUCAAGGCAACAAUAUUUCCUGAAGGAGGAGGAAGAGAAGCACAUCGACAAGAGGAAAUCAAACAAUAUUACAGGUCUUUCUGUUGGAGUCUGAUUUUUACUAUCCCGGUUUUCUUAAUGUCCAUGGUCUUUAUGUAUAUUCCUGGUAUUAAGCACCUUCUAGAUAGUAAGGCUGUCAACAUGCUCAGCAUUGGAGAGAUUUUGAGGUGGAUAUUAUCUACUCCAGUGCAGUUUAUUACUGGUCGACGAUUCUAUACUGGUGCUUACAAAGCGUUACGCAAUGGCUCUGCAAAUAUGGAUGUUUUGAUUGCCCUGGGAACAAAUGCUGCCUAUUUUUAUUCAGUCUAUUCAGUGCUGAGAGCAGCUACUUCUCCUAAUUUUCAGUCAACUGAUUUCUUUGAGACCAGUGCAAUGCUCAUAUCGUUCAUUCUACUUGGAAAGUAUCUUGAGGUCUUGACCAAGGGAAAGACAUCCGAAGCCAUUGCGAAGCUCAUGAACUUGGCUCCCGAGACUGCAACCUUGUUAACCCUGGACAGUAUAGGAAAUGUAAUAAGUGAGGAAGAAAUAGAUAGUCGACUGAUACAAAAGAAUGACAUCAUUAAGAUCAUUCCUGGUGCAAAAGUAGCUUGUGAUGGAUUUGUCAUCUGGGGACAAAGUCAUGUAAACGAGAGCAUGAUAACUGGAGAAUCCAGGCCAGUGGCGAAAAGGAAGGGUGACACUGUGAUUGGAGGAACUGUGAAUGAGAAUGGGCUAUUACACAUUAACGCAACAAGGGUUGGAUCAGAGAGCGCUCUUUCACAAAUCGUUCGACUAGUUGAAUCAGCCCAAAUGGCCAAAGCUCCUGUUCAGAAAUUUGCUGAUCGUAUUUCCAAAUUCUUCGUGCCUCUUGUUAUAAUUCUUUCAUUUGCAACUUGGCUUGCCUGGUUUUUGGCCGGAAAGUUGAAUGGUUAUCCCAAAUCCUGGAUUCCUUCUUCUAUGGAUAGCUUUCAGCUUGCACUGCAAUUUGGAAUUUCGGUCAUGGUCAUAGCCUGCCCAUGCGCACUUGGCCUUGCUACUCCAACAGCUGUUAUGGUUGGUACUGGAGUUGGUGCUUCUCAAGGUGUCCUGAUUAAAGGUGGUCAGGCAUUAGAAAGAACUCAUAAGGUGAACUGCAUUGUUUUUGACAAGACAGGGACUCUUACAAUUGGCAAGCCAGUGAUUGUCAGCACAAGGUUCUUAAAAAAUAUGGUACUUCGAGAAUUCUAUGAACUGGUUGCUGCUGCUGAGGUGAACAGCGAACACCCCUUAGCCAAGGCCGUUGUUGAGUAUGCCAAAAAGUUCAGACAAGAGGAAGAGAACCCUGUCUGGCCCGAAGCCCAGGACUUUGAAUCAAUCACUGGUCAAGUGACUGGUGACAAUUGGGGAACUGCAAAAUCUAUUGCCAAGGAAGUCGGGAUAGAUACUGUAAUCGCUGAAGCUGAACCUGAGCAUAAAGCAGAGAAAGUUAAAGAACUACAGGCUGAAGGCAAUAUUGUGGCAAUGGUGGGAGAUGGAAUAAAUGAUUCACCUGCACUUGUAGCUGCAGAUGUUGGAAUGGCAAUCGGCGCAGGCACUGACAUUGCAAUCGAGGCAGCUGACAUUGUUCUAAUGAAGAGUAAUUUAGAGGAUGUUAUAACUGCCAUAGACCUUUCAAGAACAACUUUUUUCAGAAUCCGUCUUAACUACGUUUGGGCAUUGGGUUACAAUAUCCUUGGAAUUCCAAUAGCUGCUGGGACCCUUUUUCCGUCCACUGGAUUCCGCUUACCACCAUGGAUUGCUGGAGCAGCAAUGGCCGCCUCCUCCGUGAGUGUUGUUUGCUGCUCUCUUUUGUUGAAGAAUUACAAAAGGCCAAAGAAGCUGGAUGCGCUUGAGAUAAGAGAAAUAACUGUCGAGUAG